GGUACUGCAUUGUUAUUUGACUUCCUCGUUCCACCAACUUCUGACUUAACCGGCACGUCUGAACGAGACGACACAUUAAUCCCUGUGUUAUAGCUAGCGUAUACUUCUGUCAACUAUUUCUAUUUACACGACGUGGUUCCAACUCCUGGAAUAUGUCUGACAACAAGGAGAAGAGCGAGGAAGAACAACAACAACAAGUUGAAGGUGCCGUGGGUGGGGAAGAUGUCAUUGAUGAUCCCAUUCUAGAGCAAGGAGCAAUUGUCCUCAGGGGGUAUGUGAUUGAACGUAUAAAUGCAGAAGACCCCAACCGGCGUGUUACAUCUGAAGAUUUAGGUGGACGAUUGAAUGAAGAACAAGAACCACAAAUCAAGGAAGUUGUGGAACAGCUAAUUAAGAUUUCUGAUGAAUUGAACAGGAAUGCUGAACUCCAACGACUAAUAAACCAACUUCAAGGAAACUGCGCUCAGGAUGUUUUCAUGAAGGUGGCCAGGAGCAUCUUUGCUGAUGGCAUCAACUGGGGUCGAAUUGUCUCUCUCUUCCAUCUAGCAUACAGACUUAUUUACAAGGCCCUGACCACGAAUCAUCUAGAAAACAUCAGGAUCAUAAUUAGCUGGGUUCUGCAGGUUGUCAGAGACCAACUCUACUAUUGGCUUAUCCAGCAGGGAGGCUGGGAAGGUGUAAUACAUGGAUGGUCACGUUGGAAGAAAUUAACUUUAGUGGCGUCAGUGAUUUUGGUGGCCACCUUUGUUUAUUACAGGAGGACACGCUAAACUUCAACCCCAAACAAUGCUUCAGUCAAGAACUACUGUAGAUACAAUCAUCAUUUUUAUUUGUUUAUAUGAAAUAUUUUUUAGGAAAUGAAUAAAUGUCAGCUAUCAACCAAUGAAAGGUUUACAGCAAGGGUUAAAACCACUGAAGGUCAUUGUGCCACUUUGGUUAUCCUAAAUAGAUACGGAUGUAAACUGUCCUAUGGACAUUUGUAUCAUCGUUGACAAACCACUCCUUGUUCUCAUCGUUAGUCCGGUCUUGCUGUUGCAGUUUUCUAGACAGGUGGCCAUAAUGGGAUUCAACGCAUUACAAAUCUAAUAACUGCUGAAUAUGUCACUAGUGUGUUUCAAAUUUUUUUCUGAGUCUCUUUUUUGUUGUUGUUGUUUUUAAUUUUUUCUACAGAUUGGAUGCUUUGUAGCUAAUAGAUAUAGUUGGCACCGACUCAGCAGGAUCUUAAAUAUCUUUUGAUAUGCAAGAUGAAGUCUGUUUUCAUCUGUAUUUUUCUUGAUAUUAAAUAUGACUCACUUCUUUCCUCCACUUUGUCCUCCAAACAGUAUAUCGAUACUAAUCAUUUAUUGGAUUAAUAUUUUUGUUCAAACAAGAACAUUACAUCACUGAUGAUCAAGUGGUACACUCGCCUGGCCUUGCUCCAGGCAGCGUGGUUUCGGUUCAAACUCAGUGACAAUGUGAGUGUGAAUGGUUGUCCAUAUCUAUAUGUGCCCUGCGAUUGACUGGCGACCAGUUCAGGGUGGAGUCCGCUUUUCGCCCAAAGUCAGCUGAGACAGGUUCCAGUGCCCCGUGAUCCUGAACCGGAUAAGCAGGGUUGAGAAUGAAUGGCUGGACAAGAAUAUUACAUUUGGACACCUCAGCGCUUUAUUAUUGUCCAUCCAUCCAUUUUCUGAGCCGCUUAUCCUCACAAGAGUGGCAGGAGUACUGGAUCCUAUCCAAGCUAACAUCGGGAAGGAGGCAGCAUACACCCUGAACUGUUUGCCAGCCAGUCACACGGCAUAUAGAGACAGACAACAGUCACACUCACGAUCACACUUAGGGGCAAUUUAGAAUGUCCGAUUAUUGCAUGGUUUUGAUAUGCAAGAGGAAACCAGAGUGCCCAGAGAAAACCCAUGCAGGCAUGGGAGAACAUUCAAAAUCCAUACAAGUGGACCUCAGAACUGUGAGGCCAAUGCUCUGAUCAGCUGCACCACCAUGCCACCCUUUAUUAUUGGUAUACAUAUUAUAAAAGAUACGCAUAUAAAUUGUCAGUCCUAAAAAUGAUUAUUUCACACUUUUUUUGCCAGUAUUCUUUUUUUGGGUUUAAUGCAGUGUUUGGACUGUGAUACUUUUGUUGUUUCUUUACAGUGUUCAUUUACAGCCAUGACAAGCUCAUCCACAUAAGUAGUAGUAACUCAUGUCCUUGUUUUAAAUAAAGGAAUGGAAAUGUUUUUUCAA